GGCCGAACAAUAAACCACUCAGGGCCUACUCCAGCAGAAAUGCAAGGCAAAAAAAUUAAAAAAGAAAUAUUUUAAAUAGUAGUCCUUGAAUAUAGCCUAACUUUCAGUCAGUCUUAUUGGUUUGGACCAAAAAGAGAACCAAAUUUGGAGCUAACAAAAUUUUAGGAAAAUUAAUAUUGGAAAGUAUUCUUGCUGGCAGACAUGUCGAAGGCCACGAAGCUGCGCUUUGCCCUGAUCACCGAGGAUGUGCUGGACAAGCUGCGGCCGCGAUCCCAGUCGGAAAAUGCCAGAUGCAAGUACAUCAACGAGAUAUACACGGUCAUCAGGACGGCGGUCAACGAGGCUGUGGACGAGAAGCUGCAGCAGCUGAGCAACACCAUCGGUCAGAUGGUCGAGGAGCGGGUGCUCCAGCUCCUGGAGCAGCAGGGCUUCCUCAGGUCGGCGGCGGGGGGCAGUGGCGCAGCGGGAAGGAAGAGGCAAAGGGAUCUCAAGGAUGUCCCGGAGAAGGAGGCGUCUAAGGGAGCAGGCGAGUGCUCCAGUGCCCUAAAGUUGGCCAACCUUAAAGGUCGGCGACCCAAGAAGAAUAGUAAUCCAUCGAAAGACCAUGUCAGCUUCGCCGCCGAGGAACAGCCAGCCAGGAAACCGAGGUCCAAGGCCCAGAAGAUCACCGUAAUGCCCAUCCAUCGGGAGAACCAGGUGAAGAGCUCUCCCUCCACUGGCAAUAAUGCACCUUCGCUGUCCACUCCACCACCUCUCCAUAUGGAUCACAACGCCCUGGACGAUGGAGACGGCGAUGAUGAUAGCUUCUUGGAUGUGGAGGAUCCCUCCUUCCUCACCAUCGCCGCCAAGUAUCUGAAGAAACUCGAGGAUGCCCGUCGUCGCAAGCUGCAGCAUUAACCCUGCUUCCUUGCUCCUGAAAUUGUUGGUCUGGAAAAAUAGAAACCCAUCUAUAUGGCAGUUUUCUAACACCUUCAAGGCCCCCAAUUUCCGGGAAUGCCUUCCGUCGCAUUUCUUUAACCCAUUCGAUCUGGCGAUCCAUCGGCUAAUGGAGUGAGUGAUUUUAUGUGGUCUAAAUCUAAGAUGUGAGAUGCAAAAACCAAAUGUAAACUAUGGGAAUUAUCAUUUAGUCGCUAAAUUUGUUGAUUUACAUUUUAAUAAAAAAUGUUUUCCAAAGAAAUGAAA